AAAUUUACCGCGACUGCCACUUCCGCGCCGCCAUCGCCGCCUCUUCCUCUUUCCCCGCUGCUCCCGGGGGCCUUCGCCCUCUUCCCCAGGGAUGGCGGAGCCUGGCGGCAGCGGUGGUGGCGGCGGCUCGUCUUCCUCCUCCUCGUCGUCGUCCGCCACGGGCCUCGGGGGAGGCGGAGGCGGCGGCCCUGGCCCUGGCCCUGGCGGCUCGGACCCGGCCUCGCUGCCCCCGGGGGACGCCCAGCUCAUCGCCCUCAUCGUCGGGCAGCUCAAGAGCCGCGGCCUCUUCGACGCCUUUCGGAGGGACUGCCUCGCCGACGUCGACACCAAGCCAGCCUACCAGAAUUUGAGACAGAAAGUGGACAACUUUGUGUCUACCCACCUGGAUAAGCAGGAUUGGAACCCAGCAAUGAACAAAAACCAGCUGCGGACUGGCCUCAGGCAGAGUGUGAUUCACUUUAAGGAUGCUACAGUUACAAAACAGGCGGAAGAUGGCAGUGGGCUGAAUAUCUGCAAGAGUGCAGUUUGUCAGCUAAUAUCAACUACAAUUGAGCGCUCACAGAAAUCCCAAAUGGUUUCUGUGUGGUGUGGAGGAGUAGGCUAAAUGUGAAACUAUUGAUAUGGGCAAAGGUAGCAAUUUUUGCUAAUUGCAUAUUUCUGGGUGGAUUGCUCCUUUGGGGGGAACCACUAUGGGAAAAGGGGGUUCUGGUGUGAUAUUAGUGAAAGUGGUGGUAUUUGGGAUGUAGCAAAUAGGGGCAAAGGGCUUUCUGGGCAUGCUUGGUUUCCUGAGGAGACACUGCACCAGAAAGCCUUCUAGAGAGAGGUCUGGAAAAAAGAAGUAUUCAGCACGCAAGCAUGAAGCCGGUCAUUUACCAGCAAGAGAUCACUGAGUACUAGAUGCUUAUUCAGUCAUAGCUCCCUUGCAGUGCCUGGUCAUGUGUGAUACAGUUGCAAAGGACUGUUGGCUUUCCAGGUGUAUCCAGAAAUGGGUUUCCGGGGGGAAUGGUGUGUCUGACACACCUCUACAACUUAGCUCACUUUCCAAGCUGAUCAAGGAGGUGAGUGUGAGCAAGAGUCGUCUUCUAUGAACCUUGCAAUGGAAGAUGACAUAUGUUUCUCUCUUCUUCUUUUUUUUGUCUGUAAGAUUCUUCAGGUGCCUGUUAGAAGCUUCUUGGAGAGGCAUAUAAGCUCUCAAGUAGGCAUUUGUGCUCAACUACUCGGCUAGCAAAUAUCCAGAUUUUUUUUUAAAAAAAUAAACUAUUAGAAAUA